AUGGGAUUUGCAUCUCCCGCACAGUUAUUCGAUGCAUCAUGGACAGCCCAUCGCUUGUCUCCUCUCUAUCACAACAAAGAUCACCAGACCCUAAUCGGCAACGCGGAUGCGUUGAUUACAUACGCAAAACGCUUUCAUGAUGUCCUAGCAGGCGAUGUUUUGCGCGGAGUGCAAGGAACAACAGCAGUCAGUGAUGCGCUAACAAAAGCUGGGUCCUUGAUCGAUUGUCGCUGGGAACAUACCCCGACAUUCGACUAUUGGGAUGACAACCUAGAAGAAGACAGAGACUCUCCGAUUGAACCAAAAAACACGCUAGGUAUUUUAGUUACUAUUGACUAUGAAAAUAUUACCUACAGAGCAGCCCUUCUCGCCGGUCCAGAUGGGUACACUCCAACGUCGACAGAUAGAAGGCGAAAGCAAUCUACCUAUUUGCCAAUACUAUUAACGCGAAUGCCAAACAUGCUCAGACAGACGUUCACUCAAUUCUUGUCUUCAACAUUUGAUGCAUAUUGCUCUGUAUUACGUCUACCCUCAGACUUUCUGUGCACGACACUUGAGGCUUACAUUUCCUCGUUAACGUCGGGUGAAAGUUCAACUUCAACUUCUAAGGAAAUCCUUGAGCUGGCACUGAAAGAGACACAAUUAACUCUUUCAUUCGGGCAGCCAGUUGCACCUGCACUGAAAGCAAUUGAUAUUGCUCUUCCUCGGGAAACGUUAUCAGCAUUCGCGCUCGACAAUGAUACUUCUUCAUUCUCAGCAUCUUUAUCUCAUUAUCUUGAAAGACAUCUUGCUAUGGACGUCAAACUUGGCUACUCUAAAGAUUUGAAUGGAAAAUCCAUAACGAAUCGAUACGUAUGGCUGAGCAAAGUCGCCAAUGGAGCAUUUGUACUCACCACCGAAGGCCGCUUCAAGCUUGUUGAUAUGUCUAAUCGUCACAUGGAUAGCUUGGACGAACAGGAACACGUUCAUCAAAAGAUUAUAUCUGCAAGUGAGCAAAUUCUUCGUUCGCUCGUGCAGCGGGCGAUUGGCGAUGAUAUGGCUUCGUGA